UAUAAAUAAUUUAAAAUGCCUUACAAGUCGCAUCAAUCAAAAAUUAACUCAAGGUAUAUAGUUGAUAAGAAAAUUGCAACUGGAGGCUUUGGAAAGAUCUAUAUUGCUUAUGAUGUUAAAAUUAAAUAAAACAGUUGCAAUCAAGACUGAGCAUAAUAUGGCUGAUAACCCAAUGUUAGAGACAGAAGCCCAAAUUAUCAAAGAACUCUCUGGAGUCCGAGGAAUCCCUCAACUUCAUGACUAUCUCAACUAUAAAGACUUCAAAGUUCUUUCCAUGCCUCUCUACGGAUUCAGCCUUGCCCACCUAAAGCAUUAUCUUGGAGGCAAGUUUUCACUCUGGACCACCUGCAUGGUCGGCCUCAAGCUGAUUGACAGGCUCAAAGACGUUCACAACCGCGGCUUCAUCCACAGAGACAUCAAGCCUCACAAUGUCGUCAUCGGCAGAGAAGACCCCACUGAAAUAUUCCUGAUCGACUUCGGACUUGCAAAGCGGUUUGUGGAUCCGAAGACCAAGCUGCACAUCCCUUUGAAGACGCACCCGCGAGUGGUCGGCACUGCCAAGUACAUUUCACUGAGGUGUCACUACGGCUAUGAGAGUUCUCGCAGAGAUGACUUGGAGUCACUGGUAUAUGUGCUGAUUUACCUAGCCACAGGCACUUUGCCGUGGAAACAUGAUGGUCAAGUCACCAGGAGCAAGCUCGAACAGAUCAAACAAACCAAGAGCAUCAAAGCCAGCGACAUCUGUGCAGGGCUUCCUCGAGAGUUCCACAAAAUGCUGAGGAUCACUAGGAACCUCGGCUUUAAAGAAGACCCUGAUUACUGUGAACUUAAGAAGCUGCUGAGAAGAGUCAUUUCGAAAGCGAAGACCAAGAAGGCUGACCUUCAGCUUGACUGGGUCGAGAAGCAAGAGUUGCUACCAAAGAAGUACGGGUUCAGCAAGAGUAAGAAAGGAGGAAGACCUCAGAGUUGUAAGAGGGUGCAGGAGUAUCCAAAACUAAGGCUAUAAACUAUCCCAAUCUUCGAACAUUAUUUAGUUCA